AUGCUAUGCCUUCCUCUGCCUGAUUUUGUCAUAAAGAAGAUAAACUCUAUAUGUCGUUCUUUUAUUUGGACUGGGAAAGCAACUAACAGUCGAAAAUCCCCUGUGGCUUGGCACCAUGUUUGUAAGCCAGUGAAACAGGGUGGGCUGAAUAUUCUGAAUUUGCAGGUUUGGAAUUCAGUGGCCUUGAUGAAAAGCUUAUGGAAUAUAUGUAUGAAGGUAGACAAUCUUUGGGUUAAAUGGGUUCAUACUUAUUAUUUGAAAGGUAGAAACUAUGAUGCUGAGAUCAACACUAAUAAUUGUACCUGGAUUUUGAAGUGCAUUAUGACUAAGAUUCAAGACAUAAGUGGUGUGCAACAUUUGUGGAAUAGUAUGAUAGCUCAGGCGAAAUUCCAAAUGAUGAAGGUCUAUAGCAUGCUCAUGGGGGAUGAUAGUAGAAUUGAUUGGUAUCACUUAAUGAGUCAUAACUUUGCUAGGCCUAGAGCAAAGGUGAUAAUGUGGCUAGCUAUUCAAGACAGACUGCCUACCAAGAUGAGGCUCCACAGAUUGGGUUUGCUGCAAGAUACAACCUGUGCCUUAUGUGGUGUGGCUGAGGAAAGUGUUGAUCAUAUUCUGUUCCAUUGUAGCCACACUGUGAGAUUGUGGGAUAGAUUGCUAGAAUGGCUCGAUAAACAGACUGCAGGUACGAUGAAUUUCAACUGGAUCAAGAGGGUUACCAAAGGAAAAGGCCAGAACAAAGGGAUGCUUAAAGCUACCUUGACUGAAGUGGUUUAUGGCAUCUGGAUGCACAGGAAUAAAAGAAUUUUUGACACUGUGAUGGAUAAUAUGGAUAUUCAGUGUAUGGCUAGGGAUAUUAUUGAUACCCUAGUGUAUAGACGGUGGCAAAAACCAAAUUAUAGGAAAAUUAUAGUCAAUACUCUUAUGUAA